GCGGCCCCUGGGCCGGGCCGGCCGGACCGGGUUACCCCGGGCGGUACCGGCGGGGCUGGGGUGGUUCUCCCUUUUCAGAACCGUCCCGUCACGGCCGAGGCAGCGCAUCCUGAUGUGCAGGUUCUGGGGGCAGGGUACCUUCAGUGGCUUCUAGUUCCAUCACAGACUCUUUGAAACAGGAAUUGCCCCUCUGUGUGUGUGUAUGCACGAGGUGUGAUAAAUAUCCCCCGCAGUUUCUAAUUCAUAACCAGGUGAAAUAUGUUGUCAGGUAACUUGGCUGAACGCGGCACAAAAUUAUUAUUAUUAUUAUUAAAAAAAAACCAAACAUUAAACCUAGCCCAGAAAGUUGUUUCUCUAAAUGUUCCACUUGUUCUUCAGUGGACAUUCCGCAGUAGUACUUAAACAGUAAACAUCAGAGGCCGGCUUGUCUAUGUUCUCCAAACAGAGGCGUAAUAUAUCUAACCAGAUCACAAAUAGUAUUGUAUAGCUAAAAGUCUUCUAAAUCCAAUUAUAAUUGUUAAGUAAGGAUUGCUUUGUUCCCAAUCUAUUAUCCUUGAAUCGUGUGGCUUACGUGUUUCUCACUGAACGUACAAACCAUUAGCUUAAGAGGGUUUGGAAUUGCGAUAGCUGCAAGCUGGAGGCGAACCCUUUUUAAGUGGUUUUAUUACAGCCUAUUUGCUUCACCCGCAGAAAGGAAGGUGGCUGCUGUAAACACCGGGAUAAGCUGGUGUCAUGCUGCUCUGUAGCAUGUGACGGCUUGGUUCCCGGGACUGUCCUAUCCUGUUUCAGAUCUAGCAGUCCAGUGCUUCCAGCAAAUGUCCUCUUCCUUCUGUUUUGUUCUUAACUUAGAGUUGGGAAUCAAGCUAAACCAAAUACAGCUUCCAAACAAGAAGCCAAUUUCCUGCAAAAGUAGAGUGAAUAUCCAGACAAGAAAGUGCAGUCUCUAGGUUUUCUCAGGGGUGUCGUGAGCGAUCUGUUUGCUCUGAAAGUUGGUGUGGUGCAAUGAUUCUACUGGUUCUGUGCAGUGACACGUGAGACCAGUCUACGGUGAAGCUUGGGGAGUAGCAGAGUGUGCAGCUAAAUCUUCCCUCCUCCUUUUUGCACAAACGUAAGCAAGGAGCGAUGUGGUUUGUGUAAAAGGGUUUUUGAAAUGAAAUUAUUUGCUUUUCCUCUUACUGCAUGAAUUUGCAGUAAACUAUAUUCAUACAAAAGGAUUGAUUCCUAAGAUUGUAACCCUCGUUUGAGCAUUGUUUGUUUUUCUAAUGUUCAGCCUUCAUAAAGUGCAAAUUAAUGUGAUUUUAAACACUGUUGUAAUUCAUAGAAUGUAAAUAUUUUACAUAUUUGGAAAUUGGGAUGCUUCUGCAGUUUAAUAUCGAUUUACAUACUUAUAUGUGUAUAUUUGAGUCUUUUAAGUUCUAAUAUAGUAUUUUUGUAUGUUUCUUUUUCGGGUGGUGGGGUUUUUUUCUUUGCUUUUGAAAAAAAAAAUCAAAUUAAGUGACAUGGUGUACCCUUUGCUCAUUAGACCUGCCAUUUCUGUUGCUCAGAUACUACUUUUCUGUGACAUGGGUAGUAGCAACCCCUUUUAUUUAUCUGUGGGUGUGUUACUGUGUCAGAUUGGGUCAAGAAUGUCCUUUAGAAGAAAACAGAGUCAUCAUCACCAUGUGAUGUGUGCUGGCUUGUGAUUUGGGGUGGCCUUGCAGAGUACCAGAGAAAUUAAACUAGAAAUCAUACCCUGGGAGCAGCCUUAGUGCAGUCCAGCUGCUAAUAAACAUUCAGGCAGUGUUACCAAAUUACAGCUAGUCUGAUAUGAAAGCUGCUGAAGCACGUACAGUGUAGGUGUUGGCUUCUUAACACCGAGUACUUUAUCCUCAGGUUGAUCUGUGUUAUGUUGCAUGCCAAUAUUAGGUACAGCUGUUUAGAAAUGCAUCUCACUUUAAAGAAAAAAGUUGUUCUAGGAAACUGUUCACAAAUGUUGUAACUGAUGAAAAUGUCUGUACAGAGUUUUGGAAGUGUUUGUUUGUUUAUUUUUCUUUUCAUGAAGUGCUGAAAAGCACAAGUGUUUUAUUCUUCUCAAAAUUCCACAGACUCCUAAGUGAACUUCAGCAGUGAGCUUCCUAAGUGAACUGAGAUGUGAGCUUGCUUUCCUCUGCUGGUUUGUAGUCAUGCAGCACAAGAUAAUCACUUUUUACUUACAAAUUCUUUGAUUUCUUACAAUCUGGACUUGGGUUCUUCUGUUUAUAGGGAUUUAAUAUCACGCCACCUAGUAACGUAGCUGUGUUGGACAUUCUUUAAGGUGUGUUCUCAAUUCCUUAUGCUGGUAACAUGGAAGAGUCACUGAAGUAGCAAGUGAAAACCUUUCUCAGUGUUUCAUUUAGAUAUUUAUUUAUUUAUUUAUUUAGAGAAUACUGCUUGAGAAAAUUUACCAGACAGUACCUCAUACCUUGAUGUUUCUAUUUGUAUAAAGAAAACUUAUUGCAAAGCUUACUGUUCAGGGCAGAAAAGAGAUUUGCUUACUGAGAUACAGGUGGAAAAGGGAAUUUAGAUCUUGGUGGAGCUCCAGGAGAACAUCUUGUCUCGGGUGCAGGUGUGACUUGUUUUCUCUCAUACUGAGGAGGCUGGAGCAGGUCAGCUUCCUGACACGUGGCGUCAGUCACACAAGCAAGCACAGGACUGUGCUGCAACAGAAGCUGCUGGAUAGUCCAAAGCCUGUGCCUGACCAGCAAAGUCAAUCAGCAGGAGUUUAUGAUACUGACGUUCCAUCUCCCUCAGAUGCUGCUGAGUGUCCAGCCUUAUCCACAGUGGAGGUUUUCCUGAGGAAUCACUGCCAGUUUGAAAUUGUUCUUGCUGAUGAAGUUACCUGAGCUUUCUGACAGAGUCUGUGAGGACUUCGUGAUACAACUAAAAGGAUAACUGAGUUUGGUUUUUCCUUCACUCAAGGAAUUUGUUCAAGAGCAUUUUUCAGUCUUGCUGAUGCUGGUUCAUUUAAAAUUUAUUUCCUUAUUCAUGUUCUUUAAGAUUUAUUUAGAGCAAGAGAAUAAAUGCAUCACUUUACCCUCACAAUUAGCAAACUCAUUUGGUUUUUGCUGCAGUAGAUGAUUGAUAAUAUGAUGUGAGUCAGGUUGACCAUUUCCCAUUCCACAGCCUCCUGUGGCAUCAUAGUUGAUUGAUAUACACCUGGGUGAUGUCUCAAAUCCUGUUAGUCCAAAAAGGUGACAUUUAAUUUGUGUCUUAAAAGAGUUCUUCUUUGGGUACUUUGCUAAAAUAAGAAGUUUUUUGGCAGUUUGAUACUGCUGUCUUAAUUUUAUUUUGCUUUUUUUAAGAAAUGUACACACAUGCACACAAAUGAUUGGUUUGUAAUGGUUUUGUUGAAGAAAAAAUAUUAAGCAAUGUAUUUAUCUUUUUUGCCUAUUUUUUUUCCAUUUUAAUCUGCUGGAAUGGAAAACUGGCUGCUGUUAAAACCCUGCUUCUGAUGUGCAUGCUUGUAAAACUUAAUUGCUGCAAUUCAGACUCCAGAAAAUAUGCCCAUUUAACAUUGUGACAGAUACCUGCAGCAUUAUAUGCAACAGAGUUGUUUUGAAAAACAUUGAAAACAGAUCCAUUAUACUUCAGUGAAUGUGCAAUGUGCAAAUAUAUUUUUCACCUAAUUUGUUUACUGUCAUGUCUUUUUGAUUCAUGUCAUGUAUAUUGUUGCAUGUGUGUUUGGCUCAUAUAGUCUGCUCCGGAUGUCUUACAGAAGCAAUUCUGAGAAAACCUCUUGUGCUGUUAAACACUCUCUACAGCUACUUCAGCUUUUUCUAUGCCACAAAAUUGCUGACACUUUGGAUGAAACAAAAUAGUACUUAAAUCACGAAGGACAAAAAUAUUUUUCUCUUUGUAAUCUUGCUUUAACUUUUAGUCAUUUUAAUUUUAACAGUUGUGAAAGAGCGGUAAAGCUCUCUGUCAAAUGGUAGAAUACAAUCUAAAAACAGCAUUUUAUAUGAAACCUAAGUCCUUGUGAAAAUGUUUAGCCAUCAAUACUGCUAUAUACCACCUCAAAACUCAUGCAGAUUUUUUUCCAAAUCAGUAUUUUACUCUUGCUUUGACUUAGAAAUGACAGCAGUAUUUUCUGCCUUUCACUGCAGGUACUGUUCCUGAAAAGAAGAGGAAACAUGGCUUAUACACUGAAUGAAGCUUAAAGUCCUGGACCGAAAACUGAGGGGUUUCUUCGUGAAGAAUGGCAACACCAUAUGUUCCUGUUCCUAUUCCUAUUGGAAGUUCAUCAUCCAGCUUUACAAACAGAAACCAAAGAAGUUCUUCUUUUGGGAGCAUCUCGACAAGUUCGAGCUCCUCCAAAGGACAGCUGGAGGACUGUACAAUUGGUAGUUUUAAAAAGAUGAGCGUGCCUGACCAGAUUGGUUCUACGUCAUCUGCAUGUAGCAGUCCACUUGUUAGGACUAAAUUUACAGGUCUGGAUCCAUCCAUAGAAUAUUGUACUCAGCCUGUGGAAGAAAUAGAGCAGAAUACAGAUUCCAGGAGCUGGGAAGAUCGACCGUCCACGCCUACUAUACUGGGCUAUGAGGUGAUGGAGGAAAGGGCAAAAUUCACUGUAUACAAAAUACUGGUAAAAAGAAGUCCAGAGGAAAGUUGGGUAGUUUUCAGACGAUACACUGACUUCUCCAGGCUUAAUGACAAGCUAAAAGAUAUGUUUCCGGGCUUUCGGUUGGCCCUUCCACCAAAGCGCUGGUUCAAGGAUAAUUAUAAUCCUGACUUUUUGGAAGAUCGACAGUUGGGACUGCAAGCAUUCCUCCAGAACCUCGUAGCUCAUAAAGAUAUUGCUAACUGCCUUGCAGUGAGAGAAUUUCUUUGUCUGGAUGAUCCUCCGGGUCCUUUUGACAGUCUAGAAGAGAGCAGGGCUUUCUGUGAAACUCUGGAGGAAACAAAUUACCGCCUACAAAAAGAAUUGCUUGAAAAACAAAGGGAAGUUGAAUCGCUGAAGAAAUUGCUAAGUGAAAAGCAACUUCAUAUAGAUGCUGUUGAAAGAAGAAUUAGCUCAGACAAAGAGAACCAUGAGCCAUGCUGGAGUGGCUCUUUGGCUGGAAAUCCUGUCCCAGAAAUUGAGGUCGCUGAAGUAGCGUAUACCGUGGAUGAAGAAUAGAUGAGCAGCAGCUGCUGUUACAGGUUCAUGUUUGGGAUGUAUCUGAGGGUAGGAGCAUAGAGUAGCUGUGAAGAAUUUACAGCAAAGAGCAAGAAUGCACAAUUGAAUGUUUACAUAAAUCCUUACAAAUUAUUAAUGUAAGAAAUAUACCCAGAGCUGCUUUGAUUUCAGUUUUUAUCUAGCCUUUAUAUAUUUAAUAUAUUGAAGUCUAAUAAGGGCUAAAAUCAGCUGAAGUUUAGAUAGUGUACAUACACAAUUUGGCUGACUUUCCUAGCGGAAUGACAAGUUCCACACUAAAUCACUGAACACAUCUAACUCCCAUGUCAUAUGUUGCCACUGUUGUGACAUGUUUGAUGUGUUCAUCUGUUUGGUAUUUGUGUUUUCAUAUUCUUAUAGCCAUAAAUUAAUGCUUGCUGAAGUAAAAAUGGACUCAUCUAUGUGUAAGAGUGGAGAAUGCGUUGGUUUUAAAUUCUGAAGUUGAAGAAUGUUUCCCUGGAAAUUUUAAUGCAAUGCAAUAGGAAAAAUUCCAGUACCAAGAGAGGAGUACUUACAAAAUGGGAUUAUAGUUGGACAUUUUAAAACUGGUCAUUUUUGCUGAAGGAAUUAAUAUGAGACCCCCAAAACACUGUGUAUUUUCAUCCCAAAAUAGCAUGCUGUAAUACUUUUUGUUCAGUAAUGCUGCUUUGAAAAUCUGGGAUACCUUUGCUAUAUACCCAUGUAACAAUAAAAUCAGUAAGUUUGCCUUUUACUCAGAACACUACCUCUUACCACCUUACUUAUGCAUUUAUGUUUGUUUAAAAAUAUUCAAGAUUAUAUGGAGGUUAUUGAAAGACUUGUAAAGAAGCCAUAUUUUUUUCCUGCACACUUCAUAACUAGAUUGAAUCUAGUUGCAAUGUAUUUUUGUUUCAAUAUAUUUUACACAUGGGGAUGUUGGUACCUAUGUUGUAUAGCCUAUUUUUCAAAAUGUAUUAAGACAGGAGAUGCACUUUAUAAUUAAGACUCCAUUGUGCCAAGUUCAGUUGGCUAAUUGGUUGAGAAAGGGGAGUUGCAGGGAGAGGAUUAUGUAGUGCCUUUUUGUAUUUUACUUGUUCAUUACUGCAGAAUUUUGUUACAGUGCUCUCGGUCAGUUCUGUGGAAUCUUUGAUACAGCUUGUUUCUGUUCUUCACUUAUUUACUGAAAGUGCCUUGUUUUAUUCUGCUUUUCCAAUAGGAAGAAUGCUGUUUUGUUUUAAGUUUUUUUCCCUAUACCAACCACAUCGUUGUUUAAUGUUGUCAAUAUGCAGUGUCUUUGUGCUGGAGUUUUCAAAGGGAGCUUUGUACUUCAGACUGUGCAUACAAUGACCUUUAUGCAGAACUGUAUCAACCUUCCUGGUGAAAUAAAACUAUGGACAAAACACCUGUCUUCUUUUUUCCAUUGUAGAAAAGACCAAAAUGUUUAAUGCCUUGUCUAGCAGAAGGAUAAAACACUGUUAGGAGACGUUUCUUACCUCAGUGAUUUCAUAUAGUUACUCAGCUUUUGGUCUUGAGUCCUUUUUGUACCAAAAAUUGUCUGCAUGAAAAUAAAUGAGAAUGCCAUAACAGACACCAGGAAAUUUACUAUACUUCUGUUGGAGUUAAAAUACAAAAGGAACUCAUCUUUUUUUUUAUAUUCUACAUGAAUCUUUGUAGAUGUUGAGUGAACUCAAUAAAGUUUUGAAACAUUAUUGAAAAUACAUCAAA